GAAAGCAUCUGGAUAAUACUAUGUUCGCCAUCGUGCUACUGCAAGACUGGGUGGGCUCGAACCCUAGCCUCAUGCUUGCGGAUGAACCGAUUGAGGUAGUAGACAAAUUUGUCUACCUGGGCAGCUGUAUCAGUCCCGGUGGUCUCGCGAAAGAUGAUAUUUCCAUCCGGAUUGGGAAGGCCAGAGCAGCUUUUGCGAACCUACGUCACCUGUGGCGUAAAAAUCUAACGUCACUCUCCGUACUUUUUAUUGGCUCUCAUCUGCUUCGCGUUUGGCAUUGUCAAGCCGAAUGCAUUCCAAAAGCCCCGGACGUUCACCGGGAGCACCCAUUUUGGAGCAUGCGAGCAUUUGAAAAUCUACAGUAUAUGUACGGUUUUCCCAUCGACUUUAUGGGUGGUACUGUCAGCCAGUUCAUGUUGAAUACAACCAAAUGUACAGGAGAUUUGACAACAGCUAACAAGAUAGCUUGCAACUUUGCGAACAUACCUCAAUAUUGUCACUUUGGCAUGUCACAACUAUCCUCGCUCAGAGGCAAGCCCGGGAAUGCGACUUGCCCCGGUCCAUUUCUACCCGAUUGGAGUGCUCAACCAAAGAAGGUCCCACCACCGACAGACCUGAGCACCCUUCAUAUUCUAACUUCGGAGACCGCAAGGAGACUUGGUGAAGAUCCACCAGAGUGGAAUCCGUCCUUUGAUCAGUGGUUCAAAGAUUGCGCUGACUGUGAGGAUAUGGUAAAUAUUGGUGGAAUUUACUUGUGUAAUUACACAAGGUACCUCCAAAAAUUUGAGUAUCGUACUGCAGACCUCCGAAUAGUAGAAUGGGAUAAGUCGCAACAGAAUCUUUUCUCUCUAUAUGUGUAUAAAUUCUGCACAAUCACCUGGAAACUUUUCAUUAAGACAAAUACGGAUGUUCCAAAGAUUCAUCCAUUCUGCCCUAAUCCGUGUUCCGUGCGCCUGGGUCCUUGUUCAAAAGUGGAGAACGUAAUCCCGGCAUUAAAAACACCAGUCCUGCUGCACUCAGUUAGCGAAAGUAAUUGCAUUGUGAUUGGGGACGGAUUUUACGAAGGACAGUAUGAAUGUUUGUGUCGAAAGGGUUACGUUUGGAAUAAGGACUCAAAGACUUGCAUGCCGCAUGAUUUGUGCGCGCUAAACGAAGCUGAACGACGGAAGAAUUCUUCAAUCGAACCGAUUUGCUCGGAAGCUGGCACACUCCGUUGCAUUUCAUUCCCCCCGCCUACAACAGAAAGCCAGAGGUCUGAUGACAUUUCUGCCAGUGUGCAACUUGCUUCUCGGUAUGCAUGCGUCUGUCGAAGCGGAUAUAUGGGUCCAAGGUGUGAACGUCUUCGGGAUCCAUGCAUUGAAAGCAGCAAACCUGGAUCCGUGGCUGGUGAACAAGCUUGCCGAACGUAUCUGGGAAACAAAUGUACACCACACAACGGGACUGAUUACUACUUUUGCAAGUGUGCAGAAAACUGGGUUCAUGAUUCGACAUUCCCCUUCCCCAAUUGUUAUAGAAGAAGAAGCAUUUGUGAUCGGGUGAUCUGCCGCAAUCGUGGUACGUGUGUGAGUUCCUCCGAUCAAAGAGCGUUCCUCUGUCUAUGCGAGUAUGGAUGGCAUGGUCGACUGUGUGAACUGCCCGAUGUUCGUCAUUGGUUACCUUGGGGCCCGUGGACCCUGUGUUCUGCUCCUCUGUGUGGUGGGAGGGGUUGGCAUAGCCGUACAAGAGAAUGUCGCGUGCCAGUCAACAAUGUCACAGGUCUCGGCCAAUGUCAAGGGAACUCGGUUGAGUUUCGACCCUGUCGGAGUGGGUGCCCGGAUCCUGUCCGAAGUUACGUACCAAUGAUAAAGCUGAUAAUCUUUUUUGGUUGUUGCCUGCUGACACUACAAGCUUCAGUUGGAUUUAUAUACCUUCUCUUGAAAAUGGAAUACUUGUAAAUUGGCGUCGUAUUUAAUUGUUUAUUCGAUUUGUAUUUGAACUGCACUGUUUGUUCCAACUAAA